AAAUAAAGCUCUAUUAUAAGAGCGUACGCGCGCAAUCGUUCUCAGGGCCCGCAGCGAAGCGCGUCUCCGCUCAAUUCAGUUCGCCCGCAGCGCCCUCGCAAAAUUUUUACACACGCGGCGCCUCAACGAGAGAGCGUCGUUCGGCCCACUUCACCAUAGUCUAGUACACUCCAAUAGAAUGAAGAAAGACUACCGGAGUUGGUUCUGCAUUCUAUGGUGCCAUUUCGUAUUUUUGGUGGGGACGGGCGCGGGACGGUUUUGUAGCGGUUGUAGCGCAGUAGCAUCAAGGUGUGGUCCUCCGCUCUGUCACAUCGUGUGAAAUCGCGCAGUGAAAGGUUGCCUUUGAACGCGCGUUACAAACAUUCAAAUGUAAACACCGUGACAGGAUCUCAAGAUGUCUGACAAGGAAUCGAGCGGCGGCGAUGGCAAAACAACAUCCACCGACAACGGUGCAUCUUUGGACGUGUGUGCUGCUGUGUCCGAGCAGGAAAAACAACUGGCGACGUCAGCUGCAACCGACUUUCAUGCGGGCAAGUAUGGCGCGUGCCUAGAAACGUUGGAUAAGCUCUACGCGUUAAGACCGGCGGACGGCAAAGUGGCACACAACCGAGCAGUGGCACGCUACUACGCGUCUUCGAAAAGCAUGGAGGAGUUCGGUCGCGAGCUUGUUGAAAUCUCGCCGCAGCUGCACGUGAGCCUUGCGAACCCGGACUCCCUGGAUGACAUAGAUCAGUGCAUUCCGUUCUUCAACCAUGCGGUGGCUCUGUUCCACGCGCAGCAGUACCGGCGAGCCUUGGCCGUGUUGGACCGCUUGUUCCAGUUUAUAGAGCCCAUGGACGAGUCGGUGGCCAGGAAGAUGUGCUUCCUCCACAUCGAGCUGUGCCUUUGCCUCAAGCAGCCAGAGAAGGGCCUGGCCACUGUUGCAUACCUCGAGCAGUUGGGCAACAAGGCGGACAGCCCGGAGGCCGAAGCGUGCCGCGGCCGCCUGCAGCUGUACAAGACACGCUGCCUCAUCAUGAUGCGCUCGGUGAAAGCCAGCAAGCGCGAAAUCAAGAACCUCGUCAGCUCGUCGGCGGGCAGCAGCUGCCAGACCGUGUUCCUGAGGAGCCAGCUGGAGUUCCUGCGGGGAAACUACCGGAAAGCCGUCAAGGUGCUGGCCACGGCGCAGCAGGGCGAUGCGCGCACCGUCGCCAUGUACCACAACAACCUCGGCUGCGUCCACUUCUGCACGGGCAAGCCGCACCUGGGCAGCUACAGCUUCGCCAAGGCUCUCAACAGCUACGUCGAAGGCUGCUCGCAAGGCGACGACACGCUCGAUGGCCGGGUCUACUUCGAGCUGCUGUACAAUCUCGGCCUGCAGAACCUGUACUGCGGCAAGUACGCGUCCGCCUUCGACUGUCUCGUGGAGGCGGCGCGCAUGCAGCCCACCAACGCCCGGCUCUGGCUGCGCAUUGCCGAGUGUUGCGUGAACCGGCACAAGUCGGACAACGCGACCGAUUUCCAGCUCAAGGACCGCAAGCGAUACAUGGUGAGCGGCACCGCGGGAGCCGGCCCGCACCGCAAGAUCAUUCUGGCGCCCAGCAUCUCUAGCGACCGGCGCGCGGCGGCCAUCGGCUCGGCCGCCAUACCAGUGCCGACGCUCGAGUUCGCCGCCCUCUGCCUGCGCAACGUGCUGCAACUACUGCCGGACCCGUCGCCGACCGAAGCUUCGGUGCUGCCAGAAGACGCUGCGGUCGACGCCGCCACCUCGUCGCCGUUGCAAGGAGCCGACGACGCUCUGCGCAACUCGGCACUCGCCCUGGCCGCGUACGUGGCGCUCUGCCUGGGCGAUCCCCUGGUGGCGCUGAAGCACGCCGAGAGCCUGCUUGCCCAGCCCAAGGUCGCGGGCGUGCACAGCUUCCUGGCGCACCAGUAUGCCGCUGAAGCGCUGCUGCUGCUAGACCGCGUCGGGGAUGCCAUCGACCACCUCAACCCGGACUUGAUCAAGGACCUGUCGUACGGUUUCUCUGACCCCGAGGAUGGUGCAAACAAAGGAAAGGACGAUGUUGCCAAGACUGGCGCAUCCGAAGAGAAUGGCAAAACAUACAGGAAGCCAUGGUAUCCGGCCUCUCCUUCGAUGGCCAAGGUGGUCAGCCUGUACAAUCUUGCCGUAGCAUACACUCUCAGAGGUGGUCUGGGAAAAGCUACGGAGACUCUCAGGUUGGUCAGUGUGCCAAAGGGGCCUGACCCCGAAAUACCCGUUCAGGCCCUCAUGUUGGCCAUAUACGUUCAGCUACAGCAGGGUCAUGCUGAUUUGGCGAAGAACAUCAUCAAACAGCAUCUUCCCCAGUACAAGUGAUUUGUCAGGUAGAGGCAAUUACCGGGUUGCUGAAGUAAAUAAUUUCGGUAAAUACUGGUGUUGAACAGACUUCCUCCCUUCGUUGUGGGUGUUAGUCAUGCACAGUGCAGAUCUUCCCAGUGAUUCAUGUGUGAAACGCAAGUCAAGCUGAUAUGUAAUAUUAAUGCUGACACAGCCUUUGCAGUGGCAGCUGUGUAACUUCACCCUCAAUAAUUCGCUCCGGUGUGCACCAGCUAUCUUGGGUGAACAAGGCACACCAUGUUGGUGUGGCUUUUUGUUCUCUCAAUGCACCCCAGAGAAAUCAGCAGAGCAACACUGUACAAUUCCAGCAGGCAUUAUGAACUGUGUGUAUUGCAGACAACACAGUCCAGCUGCUGGCAAGUUCGUCUGAUAGUAGUGGGAAUGAACAGUGGUCACUUUACCUGCCAGCUAGCACUCUAAGAGCUGCUGAAGAACAAUUUUGUAGGAGUUUUCAAGUGCUUCGGUGACAUCAACAUGAGUCUUUCCGAGCAUGUUAGGUUCACAUCAAAAUGCAGUGUGAAACGAUUCAUUGCAUCUCUGCAAGGCAUUUUCAAGUUUCAAAAGAUGUGAGUGAUAACGUUAUAGCAGAAUAUGAAAGCUUGCAUUUGUACUGGAAGCGAGGCUGGGCAAUCAUGGCUCCUGAAGAAAAUUACAAAAUAAUGUGUGGCGGAUAAUUGUGUGUCGGUUUUGUUCGCUAAAGCAAUAAAAAAAGGAAUAUUGUG